CUUCUGUCACUGCCAUGGUUUACUUUUUUGUUUCUUUUUCUAUUCUACCUUUUUUUAGGCUAAGUCACUAUUUUUUCAACAGUAUCAAGUCCGGUGAAUGGUACCCAAUCAACGGCAGUAUUCCCGCUUCCCGGAACCUUCCCUUGGGCUCACAGUGGCAGGGGGAAACCAAGGAGAGGAAUGAUGAGGAGGGCUGUGUUUAGCGAUUUACAGAGGAAGGGCCUAGAGAGGAGGUUUCAGAUUCAAAAGUAUAUCAGCAAACCCGACAGAAAGAAGCUAGCCGAAAAAUUAGGACUGAAGGACAGUCAGGUGAAAAUCUGGUUCCAAAAUCGACGCAUGAAGUGGCGCAACUCCAAGGAGCGCGAACUCCUCGCUGCUGGCGGCUCUCGGGAACAAACCCUCCCCAAUAAAAACAACCCCCAUCCCGACCUCAGCGACGCAGACGGCGAUCGACCAAAACUGAAUCUGGUAGACACUACUGACACCAUCUCUCCGCCACAAUCACCAACUACGCCAAACGGAAACCAUGGUAACGGACUCGCUGGAGGCGAUGCGAAGGAAUCGACAGCGAAUACACCUGGUGGCAUCUACCGAUCGCAAUUCGAAGCGACCAUGGAGUACGACAGCGAAAACGAUAGUGACGAAGAGAUCAAUGUCACUUGAUUCGACGAUAGACCAAUAGAGAGCAGAGUGCUAAAUUAAUUAUUUUUCAAAAUAUAGAUGUACCUAUAAUAAAACAACACAAAUCAAUCUGAUUUGCUCGAUGAAUUAAAGGAGGACCCACGUUCAUACUGUAAAGAUUAUAAGCAUAUCUAAAAAAAUAUGGGCUUGUAGCUUACGAGAAGCGGUUAGAGCACCGCACUUAAAACUUUGGGGAUGCGCAGGAGAGCAGAGAGCUACCCAAAAAUAUUUGGAUUGCGGGAAACAUAAUUGUGUUUGUCCAAUGAAGUUCAAUCGCAAAUUAGGUCCACACUGUCGCAAGUUAUUGAGUUGGGCAAACUACGUCAAAAUAGUUUAAUAUUCAAUGCAACUUAUGGUGAAGGCAAGUGUACCAUUUCAUCAGAGAUACUUCAAUAAUGUUCCUGCCAUAAACGGAUAAUCUAUCCGCGGUAACUGUUUGGGUUAUGUUGCAUGUAUAUUUUAAUCAUAUAUUUGGCCUGUCAUUUCUAUGUUUGGUUUAAGGUACACGUCCACCAGUCCACAUCGAACAAAUCAUUAAAUGUAAUAUUUUUUGCCCGUCUAGCCAGGACGUUAGUAAUUAUUGAUGUAUAAAGUUAGGUAGAAAUCUACCGACAUUGGCGUAAAUACUACCAGCUGGACCAAAUCAUCCCUUUUAGUGGUUCGAUUCAAUGGUUUCGAUUUCGGUCUGGGAACCGGUUCGUUCACGGUUCCUUCUAACUCCAAUAUUUUCCGUUUAAGAUUCCCGCAAUUCGAAAACAUACCAGUCCGAUCGUCUCCAUUCUUGAAUUCUGAAUUUGAACUCAAUGGUUUUGAUAUUGCCGGGUUGCUUGUUCUAGACUAUAUGAAAGAUAUGCUUCUGUUCGGAUUUAGGUAUUGCCUUUGAUUUUAAAGACUCGGAAUGGAGAACUACUAUCUGCAGUGCCUGUGGUCUGCGAGUACAUUUUGCCCCGGUGGUUAUAGGAUUAAACAGGUUGGCAGCUUAACAUGGAUUGAUUUGAUUUUGGCCAUCUUGUGUUAUCCAUACUUUGACGGUGACCACACCACAGUAAUCUUUUUGUUUUAAUCGUUUCUAAAAUGGUUUGGUCUACUACCAUAAUUUCUCUAAUUCUUUCGUUCCUAACAUGUCCGGAAACUUCUUCUCCAGUAAUCCAUUUCCAUAGACAUCAACCUCUCUUUAUUUCUUUUCGUCAUCUCCCAUAUUUCUGAGCCAUAGGUACAGAUACUUUCUACUAUAGCUUUGAAUAUCAAUUUCUUUGUUUUGGAUUCAAAUACCACUGAAAUUAAAAGCGUUACUGAGAUGAUCCGGAAUCGAAACCACCGGAAUCAGAC